AUGGCUUGCCCCCACGCUGCCGGUGCAGCUGCGUAUGUUAAAGCAUUCCACCCUAAUUGGUCUCUGGUGGCAAUCAAAUCAUCUCUUAUGACUACCGCUUGGCCCAUGAAUGGUACCAGCAACAACGUUUCAACUGGUGCGUUUGCUUAUGGAUCUGAACAUAUCAAUCCUGUAAAUGCUAUAAACCCAGGGCUUGUUUAUGAAGCUUCUGAAGAAGAUUACAUAAGGCUGCUAUGCACAAUCUAUGAUGAAGGCAAAGUUAGACUCAUAUCAGGAGAUAACAGGACAUGCCCUACUGGUUCUGCUCAAGGAUAUGUAAAGGAUCACAAUUACCCUUCAAUGGGAGCUAAAGUUGAACCAAUGAAACCUUUUUCGGUUAAUUUUCAUAGAAGAGUUAAAAAUAUUGGCCUUGCAAACUCCACUUGCAAGGCCACAAUCUUCUCGAACUCGAAUGCUGAUAUCAAAGUAGUGCCCGAAGUCCUUUCUUUCCAGUCCUUGGAUGAGGAGAAGGAUUUUGAUGUGACCGUUGCCAGAAGUGAUUUGCCAGAUGGAGCACAAGUGUCUGGACCACUGGUUUGGUCUGAUGGGACUCACCGUGUUAGAAGUCCAAAUGUUGUUUAUGCAUAUAUUCAACAUGAGCACCAGAACAUGGUUACAUGA